AUGCCAUUGAAGCCCAUUCGCACUGGCUUUAAGAUCUACGUCAUUGCGGAAGCAGCAACGGGUUUCUUCAACGACUUUAUUAUCCACCCACACGGCGCCACUCCUACAAAAAUGGUAGACAUAGCCAUGAAGACAGCCAAACAUAGCCUCGGUGUGUACCACCAUAUAUUUACUGACAGACUGUAUACUUCAGUUGCCCUCGCCCGCACUCUCCUGGCCAAGCGCACGUAUUUAACCGGUGCAGUUAAAUCGAACAGCAAGGGUCUGCCAAAGGCAUUCUCGUCGUCAAAAAUAAACAACUGCCGAAAGAUGAAGAAGAUGAAUGCCUGCCCAAGGGGAUCCUUCUACACCCGACAAAACGGCCAACUCACGUCAUGCCUGUGGAAAGAUAGCCGAGUAAUGACCCUGCUCUCCUCCGCCCACAAAGGAUGGAGAGAUCCAACCACAGGCACUGUGAUUCGAAAAGUCGCCAAUGCAGAGGGGAGACUGCGUAAGAAGACAAUCCCGACCCCACCCCAAGCAGUCGAUUAUAUCAAGAACAUGGGAGGUGUUGACAGAGGAGACCAGUUGAGAGCCUAUUACACCUGCACAAGAAAGUCUCAAUUUUGGUGGGUCGGCCUGCUCUAUUUCCUGGUGGAUGUUGCCAGGGUUAAUGCUUGGCUGUGUUACAAGCAGCACCACACCCCAGCCAACGAGAGCAGCAGUGACAGCAGUAGUGAUGAAGAGGAGAAAGAUGACCAUAAGAAGCUUACCCACUCCAAGUUUGUCCUCUCCAUCGCUACUGACCUCAUCGAUGGAUUCGCAAGCGGAGACAUUGCUCGACAACCUGCCACUCGCCCAGUCCCAGCAACCAAUAGUGCAGGGCACUAUUCCGUCAAGAUGCCAGGGCAAAAUGCUCGGUGGUGUAGAUGGUGUAGAAGUAAGAACAUUUUAACAAAGUCCGGCCUGCCCAAGUCUACAUGGCGAGGUUGUCAGGUGUGUGGGAUCAACCUGUGCCCUGGAAAAUGCUUCCUUGAAUUCCACGCAUCUGUCAACACUGCAGAAGCUGACUCCACUACCAGCACCACAGAGUAA